AUGGUCACAGUAUGUAUAUCCUUCUUCUCCUACUCCUGGAGGCUGGGGGAGUUCCUGUGUAAGUUCGUGAACUAUCUCCAGAACCUGUCUAUCAUCUGCUCCGUGAUGACUCUCACGGGCCUCAGCUUAGAAAGGUAUUAUGCUAUUCUUCAUCCAAUGAAAUCUAAGUACGUUUGCACUAUAAGUCUGGCUAGACGAAGCGUGAUCUGUAUUUGGAUCCUGAGCUUUCUAAUGGCAACACCAACUUUGGCUGGCCAGAUUCACAAGACCGUGGGUAAACACCGACAGGCCCACUGGUGCAUACUGGAGUGGGACAGCUCGGUCAUACAGCGCGUGUACGGAGUCUACAUGUUCCUGGUUAUACUUAUGCUGCCGUUUAUACUGCUGAGUUAUGCUUACGCCAGCAUCUGUCGGGAGUUAUGGAAGAUGAACAGACGGGGGCAAAACUCGGGAAGCGAAAUGGAGGCUCUGCAGAUUCGGCGAGUUUCACAACGGCGUAAGGAUACUAGUAACUCAGCCAACCCCCAGAGGUGUGGGGAUGGGGACGAAAACAACACAAAGAAACAGGUCAUAAAGAUGCUAGUGACAAUUAUCGUCCUCUUCAUGAUCUGCUGGGGACCCGUAACCACCAACAAUCUCCUGGUCGCCUUCGACGUCCUAGACAAGUUACACAUGGGAGCCCUGAAGCCCAUUCGUCAGGCAUUUUAUGUGUUGUCGUACAUAAACAGUUGUGUAAACCCGAUCGUUUACGGCUUCAUGUCAAAGAAUUUCAGGAAAGCGUUCAUCAUGGCGUUGGGAUAUUUGUGUCUUGGUCGGAGAAGGCAGAGAAGGACGCAAUUUUGGGACCAAACGAUGGUCAGGUUCUCUGUGGAGACCCGCUACAGUGUGUCCACCCGUGGUUCGAGACUGACUGCGUCCCAAAUUCUUCUCCAGAGGGAGGGACUACGUCCGGUGGUAACUUACGACAGCGAGGACAGUUUUUCGUUGAAAUAGAAUUGACUUGCAAACCAAGAAUAAAUAUUAUACAUGUAAUGUAAAUUCCUUAUUUAACGCGAGUACUUAAUUCCGCGAUUCCGCUGUUUUGCAUCAAAUCGCGAGAUUUUAAAAUCAGCGAGGACUGCUUCUCGCGAUUUUACGCGGAAAUCAAUUCCUCGCGUUUAAUUAGGAUUUUACAGUAUUAGAUAAUAUUUGGUGAAGAUUAAUUUUAAAGAUAAAAUGGCUAUUAUGAAAGCGUUAAGCUUCAGAAAAAAGUUUAUUUUCAUUUUUUUUUCUUUACUUAUAUUACGUAUAUAAAACCAUCAGAAAUACUAAAUGACCUUUGAUCAUUUGACCUUGACCUGUUAGAACGAUCACUUCAGACGAUGAUUGGUGAUUGGUACUUCUUAAAUGAACUAUCAAAAUAUUCCCUUUUCACGUUCCAUUUGAAAGGUGCAGUGAGUAUAAACAAUACCCGCCUUCUAGACACAAACUGUACAAUUAGUCAA